GAAAAAUUGACUCUCGUAUGUGGUCGUUCGAAUGAUGCUAAGGCAAGUGCAUGUUUGUACAUAGCAUGUCGACAAGAGGGAGUACCACGUACAUUUAAGGAAAUUUGUGCAGUGAGCAAAAUUAGUAAGAAGAAAAUUGGUCGUUGUUUCAAACUCACAUUGAAAGCACUUGCUACAUCUGUUGAACUCAACACCACCGCUGACUUUAUGUCUCGGUUUUGUGCCAAUUUGGACCUACCGAAUAUGGUUCAACGUGCAGCGACACAUAUCGCACGCAAAGCCGUCGAAAUGGACAGUGUACCUGGUCGAUCACCGAUUUCAGUGGCCGCCGCUGCAAUUUAUAUGGCAUCACAGGCAUCAGAGCAAAAACGAAGCCAAAAAGAAAUCGGUGAUAUUGCCGGUGUGGCCGACGUAACCAUUUGUCAAUCGUAUAAACUGAUGUAUCCACACGCAAGCAAACUUUUCCCCGAAGAUUUCAAAUUUGCCACACCGAUCCACAUGUUGCCUGCAGUUUGAGAAAAACCCGUUGUAUUUUUAUUGUUGAAAAUUCUUUACAUCAGUUAAAAUAAUUUCUCACUUAUGUUUCGACCCAUGCAAAAACCCAAUUAGUUUUUAGAUUAUGUACGGACUUUCUUUCGUCUGCAUUAUUUUUUAUAGCCGAAACGACUCUGGAAACAGUUUUGAACAACAGAAUGCUAUUGAUGUAUGUAAAAUAGUACAAACUACUAUCGAUUGAAUGAACAAACAUUGAAUAUGAAAAAAAAGUUGGUUUCAUCUUUUUUUCCUCGAAAUUAUUUAAGA